GGUCUCUUUCUGCUCUCCCCGCUGAGAGAGAAACACCCCAGCCGCUCGAAUUACAAAUAAUUUCAGCAGGAGGAGGUCAGGUUUCCUCUGGACGGCAGCCACCAUCCUCACAGAGCUGAUCUGAGGAGGAGGAUAACUGUGGGAUCUGUGAUUGUUUUGCUUUUUGCCAUAUGGAAUAUAAAGAGCUGGCUGUUCACUGAGCAACGGAGGCCGCAGGUGUUUUGUUCAGCUCAGGAAAAACCCGGUGGGAAAUGGAAGUAAGGUUCAAAGACCAUGUGAAACCAGGAAUGGAGGAGCUAACAAUAUGGGAGCAACACACAAUAACGCUGCUCAAAGAUCCCAAGUUUGGGUUUGGCUUUGCCAUUUCGGGAGGCAAGGAGAAGCCUCACCCGGACAACGGGGACACCGCGGUGGUGGUGUCAGAUGUGCUGCCGAACGGACCGGCCAUAGGACGACUGUUCAACAAAGACCAAAUUGUGAUGGUCAAUGGCGUGUCUAUGGAGAACGUCCACUCUAACUUCACCAUUCAGCAACUCAAGUCAUGUGGCAAGACUGCAAACGUUACAGUGAAACGCCCUCGAAAGAUCCAGAUCCCGGCCACAACCAGACCUUCUCGGGCCGCCUCCCAUUCCAAUCUGCUGGACCCAGACCCCCCCAGGCGGACACGGCGCUUCUCUGAUGGCAGCGACAACAGAGACUCCAACCGCUACAAAAGCCGCGCUCGCAGCUCUUCGCCGGACCGCAACGGGCACGGCAACACGCUACCGCUGAUGUCUACGGGGUACAAGAGGCUGCCAGUUCAGGACGUCCCACAGAAACCCAUCAGAACUAGACUGAUUAAGAAGAAGAUCACCGAUGAGUACGGACUGAAGCUGGGCAGUCAGAUCUUCAUCAAGCACAUGACACAGACGGGCCUGGCUGCCACAGAAGGAACGCUGCAAGAGGGAGACCUCAUUCUCAAGAUCAAUGGCAUGACAACGGAGAAUCUAUCUCUGCUGGAGACUAAGCACCUGGUGGAGAAGAGCCGGGGCAAACUGACCAUGACGGUGCUCAGAGACGACCGCAAGUUCCUGGUCAGCAUCCCAGAGAUAGUGGACAGCGCCCCCAACAGUGAGGAGGACCGCCGCCGAGACAGCAGCUCUGAACUGGAAGACAUUUCAGACCUUGACGAAGACGUCCCCAAUUACAGGACGUCCCGUCAACCCAACCGGGAGAAACGGACACGCAGAACGAGAGCUGAGCCUCCUCUCCCCAAGUCUCGGGAUCCAUCACCGAUGCGCUCCACCUUGUCCCGGCCUCCUGUAAAAACCUACGCUCCUCGCAGAGCUCCAUCAGAGUCUGAGUCGGACCGCAGUGCCUCUCCUCCUCCUCCUGUCAGGAAAACCAGCCCGGACCCGAGGGACAACUCCAGCAAAUACAAGACUCUGUCUGGUAUGUCCAGCAUCCCAAACCCCCGGUCCUCUCCUCUGGUCUCCAACUGGAACACCUCCCGCGCCCCGUCCUCCGCCUCCCAGCCCCGCAGGCCGGUGUCCGACUCAGACUCUGACCGCAGCACCUCCCCCCUGCCGCGCAGAGAGGGCCCCCACCUGGACAGCAGAUACAAAGUGCUUCCUGAUCUUGCUAACGUAGGGCUGAGAUCCUCCCCCAUCACCGUUCGCCAGGAGCCACCAAGGAGGGUCAGCUCUCCUUUCAGAGUCCCGCCCCCAGACUCUGACUCCGAGUCGGAAAUCAGCCUGGCGCCUCCUCAGAGGCAGAGCACCACGUACAGCCAGGACUCGCUCAGCAGAUACAGAGUGCUGCCCGACGUCGCCCUGUCGCCGCAGGUCGAGCCGCCACGAUGGAGCGCACCUAGCGUCACUGCCAGCAACCCACCAAAGAGAGCUCCUUCAGAGACUGAAUCAGAGGCCAGUUAUGCAUCCGUGCCUCGCAGGGCGUCUACGAACAGCACAAACUCCAACCCAGCCACCGGCAGAUACACAGUCCAGCCUGAGAUAAAACCCGUAUCAGUCGCUGUGAAGCAGGAGCCUCCUCGUCGCAUCCCGUCUCCCUCCAAUCCUCCUCCUGACGAUUCCUCAGAGUCAGACCAGCUGUCACACCUCAGGAGGUCGGGCAGCUCUGAGCGAGGAGACAGCCACCGCAGAGCUCCUCGUGCUGCCAACGGUACCGUCCGGUCUGGGAUUUCAGGGAAGAACAACCCCCCCACCUACUCAAAGCCUGUAGAGGAGCCCAUCUACUCCCUGCCUCCAGACUCUUACCCCUCAGCUAAUCCAGGGUACAGCUCUGACCUCCACACAGUGUCGUUUGUGAAGGAGGGCAGCGUGGGUCUGAGGCUGGUGGGGGGCAACGAUGUCGGCAUAUUUGUGGGGGGAGUUCAGCCGAACAGCCCCGCGUACGAGGAGGGGAUGAAAGAGGGAGACCAGAUCAUGAAGGUAAAUAGCAUGGAUUUUGGUCAUCUCACACGGGAAGAGGCAGCCAACUUCCUCCUGAACAUCAAGAAAGGAGAGCAGGUUGCAAUCUGCACUCAGCACAAGAUGGACAUUUACAAGAAGAUCAUCAAGUCCAACCUGGCGGACAACUUCUACAUUCGUUCCCACUUCGACCACGAGGCAGAAGGGCCCAUCGGUCUGAGCUUCACCAGAGGAGAGGUGUUCAGGGUCGUGGACACCAUGCACCGCGGGAAGCUGGGGAACUGGCUGGCCAGCCGCAUGGGGAAUGACCUGCACGAGAUGGAUAAAGGCACCAUCCCCAACCUGGCCAGGGCGGAAACUUUGGCCAGCAUAGAGCAAGCGCAGCGGCUGAGUGGAGACAGGCAGGUGUCCGGACCUAGAGCCGAAUUCUGGAAACUACGGGGUCUCAGAGGGAACAAAAAGAAUGAAAAGAACGUCCGCCGGACUCGUGAAGAUCUGCUGCAGCUAACCAUCCAGGGCAAAUUUCCAGCCUAUGAGAGAGUCCUGCUCAGAGAAGCUAAUUUCAAAAGACCCAUUGUUAUUCUGGGUCCCCUUAAUGAUAUUGCCAUGGAGAAGCUGGUCAGAGAGAUGCCUGAUGAAUAUGAAGCAGCAGACAUGGUUGCUCGCAGUGGAGGAGGAGACGGAGCCUCCACAGUUAUUAAACUGGACACUGUGAGGAGAAUAGCAGAGAAGGACAAGCACCCUCUCCUGGACAUCACGCCCACUGCAGUGGAGAGGCUAAACUACAUCCAGUACCACCCGAUGGUGCUGUUCCUGGACCCUCACAGCAGAAAAGACGUCAAGGCCAUGAGGCAGAAGUACAGCCCCAACUCCAACAAGAGCUCCAGGCGCCUUUACACACAGGCCCUGAAGCUCAGGAAACACUGCAGCCACCUUUUCUCAGCACGUAUCGACCUGCAGCCAAACUCUCAUAUCUGGUACGAGACUCUGAAGGAUAAGAUCCGCCACCAACAAUCAAAGCCUGUCUGGGUGUCUGAAGUGACGCUGGAAACCGGUGCAGAGCAGGACUUGGAUGCUCUGGAUCCGAUGCAGUCGGACUACCUCAGUGCUGCCAGUGACCUGGAGGACACUGACGGAGAGGCCUUCACCGACGGAGAGGCCUACACCGACAACGAGGACCUGGAGGAGACUUACCCCGGUCAGGGCGCACCCACGGCCCCCAGAGGCUCCCGGGCUAUUGGAUCCGCUUUAGCCCGAUCGUCUGAGCCCGCCUCUGAGCGCCUCAGCCCCGAGCCUCGAGAAGACACCACCCGAGAAAUUCCACCUUUGAUGCACGUACCCGAGCCCAGGAUGUCCCGCAGAGAGAGCUACAGCCCGCCGCACAGCCCGCCACACAGCCCGCCACACAGCCCGCCGCACAGCGCUGCAGAGGAGGAAGACCCCUCUCAUCGCAGUUUCUCAGACUCAGAUUUCAGUGCGCAUGAGGUAGUUGCACCCACCAGUCCAUCAGACGGACCCCCAGACUUUAUAGCCCCUGACCCCUAUGUUCGCCAUUCUGUGAACGAGCCAUCUUAUGCUGAGGCCCAGUCGGAGAGCCCACCAACUGCCAGCCUGUCUCUCAUCGAGCAGAAAUUACAACAGGCUCGCUCUGCAAAGCCGCAGGCUGUGGCGGAGGAGAAGAAAGGCCCUCAGUUCAUCGUGCUUGCACAUCAUCAUCAGGCAGUGCAGUUCAGACGCACACAGAUCCGAGGCAGCGACAGCUCUGAGGACGAAGAGGAAGAGGAGGAGGAGGAGGAGGAGGAGGUGGAUGACAUUGAAUGGGGUCCUGCAACAGAACUCUAGAGAUUACAUAAAGGAUUACACCUGGAGUUUACGGAUCUAAUAAGAACAUUACAACUAUUUCACUCCCCCAGCAAACUCUCUCAGCCUUCACCAAGGACCCUUUACAGGUGUGGGAUGUUGAAGAUAUUUUACAACCUUUAACAGAUUACAACAUUUUAAACUUUAAAGAAAGAUGUGCCUGAUUUCUUUUCAUAUUUUUGUCCAACAAAUCAUCCUGCCGUCUGCCGUGCUACUGCAUGUAACAUGUAAACAAACUAGUUUUAUUAGAAGUCAUAAUAAAUGAGUCUUUUCAAAUAAAUAUGCUAGAAAGUCUAUUAAAUGUUGUGAUGCCUCGUUCACUUUUCUACAUUAAACUGUUUUUCCUGAUUUCAAAGGUGGGUUUUGUUUAAUUUUAUUAAAUGCUAUAAAUGUCUUGGCCAAGAUUCACAUCAAAAAAUACAACUUUGAUCACUGAUAAUAACUAUACGGUAUAUGUGGAAUUUACAAACAAUGAUUGGUCAAUUAUAAUUUAAAGCAACUGGGACACGGUUUUGAUAUUUUGAUUCGAGACUGGAUGACCCACUGGGAAACACACAAUGGUCACAAGGACAGUGGGUUAAUUUUGUUGCAAUUAUUUUGUGGUUUAUAUACUGAAUUCUGUAUUUGUUUAUCAAAUGACCCUUUACUUGAUAUAUAAACAGAGAUGAAAUGAGGCUUCUGUGGCAUUCUUACCUAAUAUUGCGCAAAAGCCCUUUGUCAAAACAUUGUCUCAAGCAUUUAUUUAGUAUAUCAUGAGGGGCGUCUUCUUUAAAAAUGUGCAUGUAAAUAAAUGAUCACAAACUCACAUGGGAAGAGCCCACCUUACAGGUUUACGGAGCCCCCUCUUCUGCCUCUGCUGUCUCGUUAAUCAUGUAUUCUUUCAUUUCAUGCAUUAAGGAUUUAUACAUUUAUCUCCUCUGCACACUCACUUAAUUUAAGAAAAACACCUUUGUUUUGCAUCCUUACAAGGCCAAAUAAAACAUACAUUGAAGAAG